UGGCAAUAAAUAUAAUUUUAUUGUAUUUAUUUGUAAUGUUUUUUUUUUGUAAUUAAGUAUAAAUUAUUGUAAUCAUAUUUAUUGUGACUAUUUAUAAAAGUGCUGAAAACAAUUUUCAUCGUGAUUUAAUUAUUUUCAAAAUAAUUGUUUAAAUUACACUAAAAAUGUCAAAAAUAUGGUUUGGAUUACUGCUGGCAGUGGGUCUGCUGUUAGUGAUGGCGGGAUCUGUUAUACUCGGAAUAUUACCUCAAAUUAUAAAAGACAAAGUUAAAGAGGAAAUACCCUUCAAUGACAAUACGAGUGAAGCAUUUGAGAGGUGGCAGAAAACACCGGUCCCUCUGUACAUGAAAUUCACUUUCUUCGUGUGUAAGAAUGCGGACACUUAUACCAACUUAAGUGACAUUGAAUUAGAAGAGAGAGGACCCUAUGUUUACGAAGAGACCAGACUUAAGCAGAAUAUCACGUUUUAUGACGACGAGGUCUCGUAUUUGGAGAAUAAGACUUAUAAGUUUAGACCAGAUAUGUCUGGUCAUGAUAUUUGGAUCAACGACCCGUUUGCCCGUCACUGUAAUAAAUUGAAAGGAACUGACGGACAACUCUUCAAACCUAAUCUAGAGAAAGAGGACACUAUUUAUGCGUUUGAACCGCAACUUUGCAGAUCGGUUUACUUUAAGUAUUGGAAAGAGAGUGAAGUGCAAGACAUAGACACGUAUAGGUUUAGAGUACCGCAGGAAUACUUUCAGUGUCCACUCGUUAACGAAGAUAACACGUGUUAUUGCAAUAGAAAUGUUUCGCUUUGCAAUAGGAAUGGUAUGAUUGAGAUCGCUCACUGCCAGUACCGAUCACUGGGCGCACCCAUUAUGAUGUCAUCUCCCUAUUGGAAUAACGGCGACCCAACUCUUCGCACGCAAUUCAAGUCAGAACUAAAGCCACCCAAAGAACUCAAUGAUGACAAUUACGGAACUUAUCUUGAUAUUGAACCCACGGCAGAGGCAGACGAUGACCAAGCUGAUAAAUGGAAAUCAAUGGUUGGCAAUAAAGUCAAACUGGGAAAGGGUCUCUCUAUAGCGGCCAUAACUGUGGGCGGAUUGAUGGCUAUAAUUGCCAUCUUUCUAAUUUAUAAAUACCGAUAA